AAUUCAAUGUCAGGCGCAUGCUAACCUCGCUCGACAUUGAGUGUUUUGUGCCAUCAAUUUAAUUCACUAUGAUUCAAUGGUCACUACACGCACUUUAAGGGAGGUUUACUUUUUCCAGUCUGUGGAUAAAUUCCACUCACAAAAAGUAUUUAACCAUUGAGUGUAAUGCAAAAUGCCUCAAACGUAUGGUAUUAACGACGACCGAUGUCAGUAGCAGAUGUGCCAUCAUUUGGACAAACAAAAUGCGCAGUGCACACUUGUUCUGAUUGAGUUGUUCUGUACACCAGCCACCAGGGGGCAGAAUGCAACCAGAGACUUAUUCAAAUACGUGUUCCACUUCCGGUUGUCGCACCAUGGAUGGAGUGGGCAGCUAGCAAGAAGUUGUGGAUAAGUUUAGCUUAACAAGUGCAAAAAUGGCAAACCUAGAACAAUGGGUGAGUGACAGUCUGCAUGACAUCCUUGGCCUUAGUGACAGAUAUGUCGCCCAGUUCAUGAUCGGCUCCGCGCGUAAAUCAUCGAGCUCUCAAGACUUUGUGGCCCACCUCAAGUCGACAGGCACCAUCGACAUUAAUCAGAGAGUGAUCGCCUUUGCACAGGAACUGUAUGAAAAGAUUCCUCGUAAGCAAGUGGUUGAAAAGCCAGCCAGAGCGAUAGAGCGACACGUCAUGGAGAUUGAGAGGAAGAAUCGGACUUACACCCUACUGUCAGACAGCGAGAGUGACGGAGAGGCAGUGAGAGAGAGGGAGAAGGAGAAGAAGAAAAGUAAAGACCGAGGCGAUAAGAGGAAGCACCUCAGGAAAAGGGAGGAGAGUCAAUCAUCUAGUGAAGAGGAGACCCCUAAAAGUAGUAAGCUGGGCCAUGGUGACCAGAAGUCCAGUAAGAAGGAUGAAGAGGAGGAGGAGGAGGAGUGGGAGAAGGAAGAGAGAGAACGCGUACUGGAUCUGGAAGAGAGGGAUGCCUUUGCCGAACGAAUGAAACUGAAGGACAAAGACAAGACGAGGAACAUCAUGGAGAGAACGGACAAGAAGGGCUACGAGGAGGCUCAGAAAAGACUAAAGAUGGCAGAGGAGGAUCACAAGAAAAUCCUUCCAGAGCUGCGGAAGGAGUCUCGCAGGAACUACCUGUCAAAGAGAGAGGCUGAGAAGCUGGAGGACCUGGAGGCGGAGAUCGCCGACGAGGAGUACCUGUUCUCCACGGACGCGCUGACUGAGAGGGAGCGGAAGGAGCUGGAGUACAAGCGCAACCUCCGAGACCUGGCCAAGGACUACAAGAAAGCCGGUGCCAAGGAGAAAGAGGAGAGGAAGAACAGAUACUACAUGCCGGAGGAGAAGAGGAGUAAAGAUAUUCCUCAGAGGGACAUGGAGCUGGAGUUGGAGAUGCCCAUGGAGGGUGGAGGAGAGCAGGGUCGCUGGGAGGAGGAGAGGUUGAAGACCGCCUCGCUGAUCUUCGGGGCCAAGAAGGAGAGGGAGAAAGGGUUGAAGGCAGAAAGAGAGAAGUACCAGCUGAUCCUGGAGGAGGACGAGAUGAUCAACUUUGUCAGCAGUGCCGUCAUCAUGAAGGGAACCCAGGACGAGAAGGAGCAGGAGCAGGCAGCCCUGUCCCAGGCGGAGGUCCAGAAGCAGUCCAUCCAGGAGGUGAGACGCAGCCUGCCCGUGUUCCCCUACAGAGAGGACCUGCUCCUGGCCAUCCAGCAGCACCAGAUCCUGGUCAUCGAGGGAGAGACGGGCUCCGGCAAGACCACCCAGAUCCCCCAGUUCCUCAUGGAGUCGGGCUACAAUGAUGGAGGCAUGAAGAUUGGGUGUACCCAGCCCCGUAGAGUGGCAGCCAUGUCUGUAGCAGCCAGGGUGGCACAAGAAGUGGGCGUCAAGCUGGGCAACGAGGUAGGCUACAGUAUCCGUUUUGAGGACUGUACGUCGGAGAGGACAGUACUCAAAUACAUGACUGACGGAAUGUUGCUCAGAGAGUUCCUGACAGAGCCUGAUCUGGCCAGCUACAGUGUGGUCAUCAUUGAUGAGGCCCACGAGCGGACGCUGCACACAGACAUCCUGUUUGGUCUGAUCAAGGACAUUGCCCGGUUCCGUCCGGACCUGAAGGUGCUGGUGGCCAGCGCCACCUUGGACACAGAGCGCUUCUCCUGCUUCUUUGACGACGCGCCGGUAUUCAGAAUCCCCGGCAGGAGGUUCCCUGUGGACAUCUUCUACACUAAGGCUCCUGAGGCAGACUACCUGGAGGCCUGCGUUGUGUCUGUGCUACAGAUCCACGUCACACAGCCCCCCGGAGACUGUCUGGUCUUCCUCACUGGACAGGAGGAGAUUGAGACUUGCUGUGAGCUGCUGCAGGAGAGAUGCAGGCGUCUGGGUUCUAAGAUAUCGGAGCUCCUGGUGCUUCCCAUCUACGCCAACCUACCUUCAGACAUGCAGGCCAAGAUCUUCAGCCCCACACCCCCUGGCUCACGCAAGGUGGUGGUGGCCACUAACAUUGCGGAGACCUCUCUAACCAUCGAUGGGAUCAUAUACGUCAUAGAUCCAGGCUUCUGCAAGCAGAAGAGCUAUAACGCCCGCACUGGGAUGGAGUCUCUGAUUGUCACGCCUUGCUCACGGGCCUCAGCCAAUCAGCGAGCAGGUCGUGCAGGCAGAGUGGCGGCUGGGAAGUGUUUCCGUCUCUACACUGCGUGGGCGUUUAAACACGAGAUGGAGGAGUCCACCGUGCCCGAGAUCCAGCGAACUAACCUGGGCAACGUGGUGCUGCUGCUCAAGAGCUUGGGAAUUAAUGACCUCAUCCACUUUGAUUUCAUGGAUCCGCCCCCUCACGAGACCCUGGUGCUAGCUCUGGAGCAGCUGUACGCACUGGGUGCACUCAACCACCUCGGAGAGCUCACCAAGUUGGGCCGCAGGAUGGCUGAGCUGCCGGUGGACCCUAUGCUGAGCAAGAUGAUCCUGGCCUCAGAACAGUAUAAGUGUUCUGAGGAGGUGUUGACCAUCGCGGCCAUGCUGUCUGUGAACAACUCCAUCUUCUACCGACCCAAAGACAAGGUGGUUCACGCCGACAACGCCAGGCAGAACUUUGUGGUCCCCGGGGGAGACCAUAUGGUGCUGCUCAACGUCUACACACAGUGGCUGGAGAGUGGCUACUCCACCCAGUGGUGCUAUGAGAACUUCAUCCAGUUCCGCUCCAUGAAGCGGGCGCGGGAUGUCAGGGAGCAGCUGGAGGGCCUGAUGGACAGGAUCGAGGUGGAGGUGUGCAGCUCAGGCGGAGACAUUGUGCCCAUCCGCAAGGCAGUGACGGCGGGGUAUUUCUACCACACGGCGCGGCUUAGCAAGGGGGGCUACAAGACGGUGAAGCACCAGCAGACAGUCUACGUCCACCCCAACAGCUCCCUGUUCGAGGAGCAGCCCCGUUGGCUCAUCUACCACGAGCUGGUCUUCACCACCAAGGAGUUCAUGAGACAGGUGAUUGAGAUAGACAGCAGCUGGCUGCUGGAGGUGGCUCCCCACUACUACAAGAACAAGGAGCUGGAGGACAGCAGCAGUAAGAAGAUGCCUCGCAAACAGGGCAAGGCCAAGGAAGAGCUGGGCUAAGGACAGGAACUAGAAAAGACAGAGACUUUCUCCCCUCCGAGAUAGACAGCCAAGCAGGGCUGCCAUAAGGAACUGUGAUAUAAAAAAUAAAAAAACUUUGGGGCCCUUGAGCCAAAAAUAAAAGAAACGGGAUAAAAACUUGUAUGGUUAUGGGCUUAUUUAUCAUAAACCACCUAUCGGAGCUAGAGGAGCUUGAUGAUAAGGAAAUGUUAUGCACUUGGACUGUCACAGAGUUUCCUGUGUCUGGUAUGAUGCAGGGUCCGGGGUGAAGUUUCCCCUAAGUACAGAUCUAGGAUCAGCUUCCCCUCCCCAUGUCCUAACCAUUAGGGCUGAAAUGUAAAACUGACCCAAUAUCAGUGUAUCUUCACCCUACUCACUGAUGCAGAAACAGCAGCAAGACAGAUCAAAACAAAUGACUACUCCAAAUGACAGGGCUACUGCUUUGUACGUAAUGGCCGAUGACUACCAGAGAUUUUGCCUAUUUACUUUCCCUAAAUAGUUAACUUUUGUUGCCCAAUGUCUGGGUGUUGUUGGGGUUGUAAAUGUCUUUUCUUGUCCCAAUUCCACCUACCAGACUGAAAGAAAACAAUGCUGUGUGUUUGACUUCAGUGUGGUUCCGCUGUCUCCUCUUUCUUUUUCUAUUGGAAUAAACUUUUUACAGGCA